GCAAAUCGCAGAGCGUGAAUAGCAGACAACAAACUAAAAUAACGCUCAAAAUGAUUCUAAUUUAUGCACCGAAACUCGCGUCUUAUGUUGAACUGAUGUCAAAUGUAUCUAAGGGUCUGCUUUGGCGCCAAUCGCACCGUUAAAUAAUGGUAUUUCUGUGUGGAAUUACGCCAUUUUGAUCCCUCGUGAAAAUGGGAUGAAGCGGUCAGCGGAUGCUGAUGAUGAGGUCGAGACUCAAAUCAUCAAACAGAUCAAGGUGGAAGAAGAUGAGGUUCCAGAGGGGAUGGUUCACGGCGCGGACUCCGAGUCACAAGAGAUUUUCAUCUCCGUGUCUGCGACUGGCGAGGUUCAUCGCACAACCAUGGAAGGUGACCAAGAUCCAUCGCCCAUGAUCAUUACGGAAGUCGAAGAACAGCUCGAGGUCGAACCAGAAACCAUCAUCCACGACAUAGUCUCGGGCGACAGCGAACUUGUCGGAGGUGAAGAAAUCAAUGACGGUAUUGAGAGUGCGCUUCAACCGGCGCCCGCCUUCCAGAAUAUUGUUGUUCAGCACAUGGAUAUUGCUGAACCGUUGUCAACGUUACGGAAAUUGCUCGAGUCGAAGUUGCAGUGUUCGUUAAAGGAUCAUGAUUUCUACUUACAGGAUCAGCUGGAGCUUGAUGCAGACAAGAACCUCGUGGAGCAGUGCGUACAGGGUGAGGGCAUGGUGCAGAUUAAUGUCGAGAUCAAGUCGCAACCCGGCAUAAAACCAAAGAUAAACAUCGUGGACAUCUUGAAACAGACUGAAGAAGAAAUCGAAUCGGCGCCGCCAAUUUCACAGCCAGCACCACCAGUGGCCCACAGUCAGCCGGGCUCCAAACUUGUCAUCCCAUUUCCUGAGGAGGCCGAUCACGUCACACGAUGGAUCGUCGACCAAAACUUCCGAAAAGAACAGGAGAGAUUAAAAAUACCGUUUGAUCCUUACCAAUGGAACCAUGUCCACGUACGCCACUGGAUCCAGUGGGCCAUAAAAGAAUUCACUCUCGCUGGCGUCGACAUUGAUAACUUUGUGAUGACGGGGAAAGAGUUGUGCGGAUUACAUCACGAUCAGUUCAUAAAAUACAUCCCGUAUGACAGAGGCGACGUCUUCUGGACGCAUUUGGAACUUCUCAGGAAAUGUAAAUUUGUUGCUGUAGUUCAGCAGCCCACACCGCAGGCCAUCACCACAGUCACUGUCUCAACAAGUAACCCAGACAAUCUCGCUGCAGAAAGUAAAAGAGCAGGUAAAUUGAGCCGUUCGUUCGCCAAGAGUGAAAAACCAAGAAUAUACAAGCUAAGGGUGGCAGGGGAGGAGCGUACCUUACCAGGGAACAGAACAGGUAACAAUGGCCAGAUACAGCUCUGGCAGUUCCUCCUCGAGCUCCUGACCGACAAGGAAUGUCGUGAAGUCAUCCAUUGGGUCGGUGACGAGGGUGAGUUUAAACUCAACCAUCCUGAGAUGGUGGCACAGAUGUGGGGGCAGCGAAAAAACAAACCGACCAUGACGUAUGAGAAGUUGAGUCGAGCACUGCGGUAUUAUUACGACGGGGAUAUGAUUGCCAAGGUUCAUGGCAAGAGGUUUGUCUAUAAGUUUGUGUGUGAUCUGAAGAUGUUGCUAGGGUACACAGCAGGAGAAUUAAACCGACUUGUUCAGGAUAGUGCAGCUAAACAAUUACGACGGAUGAAGGACCAUUUGCGGCCGGGUGCUGUACUUGUGCGGAAGGCUACGGAACACGAAAAGACGCAUGGGAUUCAUUCGUAGUUGAUAUCAGGACAGAUUAAAGGUGGACUAUAGGCAGGAGCUAGGCCUAGUAGCCAGCAGUGUUAACCACUAGGCCCUGAGGCUCCUGUACAAUCCUGGGUUCUCCUCGGGAUCAAACCCGGGCCCUAUUGCGUGAUAGCCAGCAAUGUUAACCACUAGGCUAUGAGGCUCCUAUACAAUCCUGGGUUCUCCCCGGGAUCGAAUCCAGGCCCUAUUGCGUGGUAGCAAGCAAUGUUAACCACUAGGCUAUGAGGCCCCCACACAAUCCUGGAUUCUCCCAGGAUCGGAUCUGGGCCCUAUUGCGUGGUAGCCAGUGGUGUUGACCUCUUCUUCAGCGUUCGGUCUGCACUUGGAGGUGAUUUUUCCAGGAACUAUUCCUCCACCAAGGCAGGCUGAGCAUUUUUGCGUGCCACUACAGUUAGGUCCCAAUAGGGUUUUUUGGCUGGGUGACUCCAACUUUGACCAAAGGUGCAUCACAUCGCAAGCUACCAGUGUUUCUCACUUGGUAGGGUUUUGGAUUUUGCUUGCCCUCGCUAAGACACCUGAUACAAGGAACCUCGGUUUUAAGUCUCGUCGAAGGACUGAGAAGAGGCAGAAGUUGUAGUUCCUUGAAAGCCUUGCAGGAAUACAAUCCUGGGUUCUCCCCGAGAUCGAACCUGGGCCCUAUCGCGUGGUAGCCGGCAGGGUUGACCACCAGGCUAUGAGGCUCCUGUACAAUCCUGGGUUCUCCCCGGGAUCGAACCCAGGCCCUAUUGCGUGGUAGCCAGCAGUGUUAUCCACUAGGCUAUGAGGCUCCUGUAGAAUCCUGGGUUCUCCCCAGGAUCAAACCCAGGCCCUAUUGCGUGGUAGCCAGCAGUGUUGACCACUAGGCUAUGAGGCUCCUACACAAUCCUUGGUUCUCCCCGGGAUCAAACCCAGGCCCUAUUGCAUGGUAGCCAGCAGUGUUAACCACCAGGCAAUGAGGCUCUCAAUUUGUUCACAGACUUGUCCUUUCAAAUUUCACUUUAAAAAUGUCAAGAAACAUUACCGUCUUCGAACUACAGUGGAGCCCCUACCUUGUCAGUUGUCAGUCUUGAGGGGUGUCCUUAAUAGAGAGGUUCUACUGUACUCCUCCUUAUAUGUGUGGUUGAAUAUAUAGAUAAUUUAUGGAAUGCAUUUAUAUCAUGUCGGUUUCAAUUCAUUGUAUAUAACCAUAUUGCUAUCAUAAUUUCGUGCUCUUCAGAGAGAAUUUGUCAAUACCACAUCACGAGUGUUUUCUCUGUUACAGAUAUUUCAGGGUCUUUUGUAAUCUUGAAGUGUCACCUUUAAGACUGGAUUGACAUAGGAUUCACGUUGUCUCAUCUCAUUUGUUAACUGGCUUGGGCCUGUAAACAAGAGGUGCGGGUGAAAAGUGACAUCAUGAAUCGUAUGUAGGCCGCUCUUUGGAAAUGAUUUGUUCGUUCUUCAAUUCAUGUCCUGCAUUGAAAAGUGUACAGUGUCGUCACUUGUGAGAAUCUGAACUCUAUAUAGUUACAACCUUAGGCCAGGUUACACAGGAUUCGUUAAUUGACUUUGUAUUGAAAACAUGACACGAGGGUGAAAAGUGACAUUGGGAAUCAUAUGUAGCCCGCUUUUUGAAAACACCUCGUUCUACAUGUAUCUUAAAGUGACAACUUUAUGUAAACUCACUGCAAACUCUAUGUAAACUCACUGCAAACUCUAUGUAAACUCACUGCAAACUCUAUGUAAACUCACCCUCGCCCAUGUUUCUGGUUCCAUAUGUUGACGAUUUCUUUUGGCCCUUAUGUUAUCAAUCUUAAAGUGACUUCUUACACAUGACACCUUGGAAUUCUAUGUAAACUCACUGCAAACUCUAUGUAAACUCACCCUCAGCCAUGUUUCUUGUUCCAUGUGAGGACAAGUUCUUUUGCCCCUUGAGCUUAUGUUCAAUCAUAUGUAAGCUUGAACUCUAUGUAAAGUGACAUGUAAACCCAACCUUACCCAGCCUUUCAUACAUCAUUGAUAUGGUCAUACCAUUGCCGAUGCAAUUACCUUGUACAUAAGACAUUUUAUUAGAAUAAAUAUA